AGCCAUUGUUCAAAAAAAUGUGUUGCCAUUUUCUAUGAGAAUAGACUGUUUCUGUUGUUAUUGGAUUUGUGUGCUUCUUUCACACAAUGGUAGAUCCAUUAGAGCAGGGCUGCACAAAGUGUGGCCAAUGGGUUGACUUUAGUUAACAUUUGAUUUGGCCCACCAGACCCACCUUUAUCCAAUGAGAGACCAAACAUAUUCAUGUUUCCUCUGAACCUCAAAACAGAGGCCCAAUUAGUGAAAUCCCUGCUUGUUUAAACUCAAACCAAUCGAUUUUACGUGGAAGGAGGUACAUUUUCAUUAGAAAUUCCCCAGUAUUGACGGCACCCAGCAUUUACUAAAACCCCCUCAGGCCUGUGGUGGGUUAUGAAAAGUCCAGUCCGUUUUUUUCCUACUCGUAUUCCGUCAAGUCCCGCCUACUGCGCUGGGAUUCGGUAGUAGUCCGACGAGGAUAGACAAGACUGUUAGCCAGUCACAGCGCAGCAACCGGACCCUAUUAGCCAAUCGCAGCGUAGGAGGGGAGACCUGCCCGAAUACAGGUGGGAAAAAAUAACAUUGCUUUUCUUGCAGUACUGAGGUAAUCAGUUUGCUAAGCAACGACCGCUAGUACUGCUGCCAAAACACGGGGACUACAGUGUAAGACAUAUUAAAGGAAUGUGCGCUUAAAUAAAGAUGCACGAACCAAGAUAAUACAGCGUGCUGUUGUGGUAGAGAGGUAUUCCUGUCACACUGAGUCCGGAACUAGCCAUUCCCUCCUUUUAACCCAAAAUAAACCCCGCCUUCGCCCGGCUGCCAUAGAAGAGCCAGCACGUUUUCCUCAGUCUGUCGGUUUCGGCUACAUCGCUGAGGUAGUGAUGUGUCAGGGCUUCAGCGCCGGUGAAGACUCGGUAUGAUGGCUAAACUGGAACUGAAACAAUGAGGUUCGUCUUUGCGGUAAAUACAGGGUUUCUUCCUUUUUACUACAGCCUUCCGGAGAGUAUGUCCUGGAUAUCCUGCUCAAGCUCAACCUGACACUGACAAUUGCUACCUCGGCCACCGCACUUUUACCUGACUGCUGUGGGACACUGGGAAUGAACGACGUCUUCGGGAAAGCUAUUCCUGUGGAUCCUCCUCAUCAUUUGACCUCAAAUUAGUUUGCUUAAAAUGAACCUGGACUGACCCGGCAUCCACUUCGCUCAAGAUGUCCUCCACCACUUUGUCAGAGGUCACCCAAACUCCCCUGAUAGACCUGCCAAUGGACAGCUGGAUGAGCCAUCUCCCAAAUGCUCUGUGGGAUAUCCCUCUGUUUAAUUUGACCAUUCCAGGAAGUCACAAUGCUAUCACUUACUGUUUGGAUAAAAAUGACCGCUCCCCAGUUGACCUCACGCAGCCGGACAUGCUGCAGAAGCUAGACAAGUACAUGAAGCCCAUCAUACGACCGUUUGUUUACAAGUGGGCAGUAACACAGGAGCGCUGUGUGCGUGAGCAGUUGGAUUGCGGGGUGAGGUACUGUGACCUAAGGAUAGCACAUCGGCCCAAUGACAGCUCCUCGGACCUCUACUUUUACCAUGGGGUUUAUACCACUGUUACUGUUGAGACAGUACUGAAGGAAAUCAAGGCAUGGCUGGAUGCUCAUCCUAAAGAGAUAGUCAUCCUGUCUUUCAGCCAUUUCCUGGGCCUCAGUCAAGAGCUGCAUACGCUGCUUAUCUCCACCAUAAAGAAUGUUUUUGACUCAAAGCUGUGCCCUAAAACGGAAGGUGUUACACUGAGGAAUUUGUGGAGUUUGGGUUACCAGCUCAUUGUCUCAUAUGACAACCAUGUAGCAAAUUGCCACAGAGAGCUGUGGUCUCAUAUCCCUUACUGGUGGGCUAACAAAUGCAAAGCAGAAGCCCUAAUCGAGGAGUUUGAACGCAGAAAAAAUAACGGUCGCCCAGGGGGGUUCUUUGUGACUGGGAUCAAUCUCACUGAAGACCUGAAGUACAUCUGUUCACAUCCCACAGAAUCACUGAAGGACAUGGUGAUGACCACCUACCCCACCUUGCUCAGUUGGGUUAGGGAGCAGAAGCCUGGUUCCAACGCUGGUUCCCUCAAUAUCAUAGCAGGGGAUUUUGUUACUGAAAGCCAGUUCACACCAACUGUAAUAGCACUGAAUGAAAACCUGCUCAGUAGGAGCACAUGAUGAUGAUGGUUGUGAAGCAGCUGUAGCACAACGUUUGGCGCAUGGCACACAGGUUACUUCUUUCUGAAUAGACCUUUAGAUUGUUGCUGGGAAUUGUGAUGAAUAUUUUUUUGGUUGUGGGAUAGGAUGAUGCAAUGCACUAAUUUUUAAGCCUUUACUGUUAACUUCUUAAUCUUACUGUUGCACUGUCUUUAUUCUAACCUCUUAUUAUGGCAAUAUUUAUUAGGGAUUUUUAAAGGCAUGAUAAGUAGAAGUGUCUUUGAAAACUUGACAGAAUAUUACAUGGAAUUAGCCUUCCCUUUAGAGGAAUUCCAUCCUAAAAAUCUGUCAGUGACAUGCACAGAUUUCUUUCAACAGCAGGGAAAAACAUGCGCUUAUCUUCAGCAGUUGGAGGCUUCUUUCACAUACUCUUGGUGAUCUGAUUUCUGGAGCUUUUAGGUCACUGGUCCACUCCAAACUCUAAACCCUGACCCAAAUGAAUCCUGGUAUAGUAGGGAAAAGCUUACAAAACUGUCAUUUUUUGUAUUGUGAAAUAGACUCUGUAGGUCUGUUGCAGACACUCUGGGCAAAAACAGUUUUAUGUGCAAAAGAGCCCUGAAAUGUUCUCUUUUCAUAUCAGUGAGAGGCAAUUAAUGGAAAAAAGGGAACAACAGUUAUACAGAAUGAUUUGUAGGUGGAAUCAUGACAAUCUGUGAGCGGAAAUAUCUUUUUCUGCUGUUGUCAGAAACGCAGUCAUUUGUUAUCUCUGUUAUCUCUCAUGUAAGGACAAGCCGUGUGGGCGGUCAUAUGAUAGGUAGUCAGCCAGUAGUAUGCAACAUAAUGUUAUUAUUGAACUGGUGUCAAAUGUGUAAUAUUACUGAGGCCCAAGUUUACAGAAAAAACAUUAGUCUAAAGCACAAUAUUGGCAUGCACUUCAUACAGCACAAUAAACUGAACAUAGUAACACAGUUUCACAGUUUCAGCAUCAUGCCUGCACAAAUGUGUAGCCUAACUUAUAACAAGCUCCAGUUCCCAGUAUAUGAAUUAACAUGUUGAGGAUAUGAUCACAGUAAUAUACCUCUGCAUGAUGUCUUACAACCAAAAGCAUGAACACUGUUACUCCCCUACAAACAUUCUUUGCACAACUGAUAAUUGAUCUUGCAUGUCCUUUAUCCAUGUUCACUGGCCCCUUUGGAAAACAUGCACUGGAAUGAAUUAUUACUAUAUUAAAUGCACAUACACUGUGUAUGCUGUUGAAUGUUUGAGAAGGUUUUAA